CCACUAUACUCUAUUCACUCUUAAUCUCUCUCUCUCUCUCUCUCUCUCUCAUACGCAGCAAUGCAGAAAAGCAACCGCCUCGAUCUUCUACAUCUUUCUUUAAUUAUUCCUGCUCACACUUUCUAAAUAUUGAUACAGAAUCAUCGUCACCAAAUAAAUAGAUAUUUCAACUUGAUUUUCAGUUAUAAUGGCUGCCAAGGUUGGUGUGCUGGUGUUGUUGAUCUUUGUGUUUGCUCCGGUGGUUCACGGCGGCGGAGCUCCGGCGAGAUUGUUAACACUAGAGAGAGCUUUUCCGGCGAACGAGACGGUGGAGUUAGAGGUGUUGAGAAGCAGAGACAGAGCAAGACAUGCGAGAAUCUUGCAAGGUGUUGUUGAUUUAGAUGUCUUUGGUACCUCCGAUGUGUACGUCGCCGGGUUGUAUUAUACGAAGAUAAGAUUAGGUUCUCCACCUAAGGAGUAUAAUGUGCAAAUUGAUACCGGAAGUGAUAUAUUGUGGAUUAGUUGCAGUUCGUGCACUGAUUGCCCUCAAACAAGUGGACUCGGGGUUGAGCUCAAUUUAUAUGAUGUAGGAAGCUCUUCCACAGCUUCCUUGGUUUCAUGUUCAAACCCUAUAUGUAACUCCAUGGUUCAAACGAAUGCUGCUGGCUGCAUUACGCAAGGGAAUCAAUGUGGUUAUUCUUUUGAGUACGGGGAUGGGAGUGGGACUAGUGGUCAUUACAUAACUGAUCUGCUUUACUUUGAUACGAUUCUGGGACCGUCAGUUACUGCCAACUCUUCUGCUCCAAUAGUUUUUGGGUGUAGCUCUUAUCAGUCUGGGGACUUGACAAAAACAGAUCGAGCACUCGAUGGAAUCAUUGGGUUUGGUCAACAGGAUUUAUCUGUCAUGUCACAAUUGUCAGCUCUUGGAAUCACUCCUAAGGUGUUUUCUCAUUGCUUGAAAGGAGAGGGCAUUGGUGGAGGUAUUUUAGUUCUUGGUGAGAUUUUGGAUCCGACAAUCGUUUAUUCUCCACUUGUCCCAUCACAGCCUCAUUAUAACUUAAAUCUGCUAAGUAUUGCUGUUGGUGGGCAGUUGCUGUCUGUUGAUCCAGCAGCAUUUGCAACAUCAAGUAACCGAGGAACUAUUGUUGAUUCCGGAACAACUUUGACAUACCUUGUCGCAGAAGCUUAUGAUCCUUUCCUUGACACUGUAACUGCUGCUGUUUCACAAUAUGCAACACCGGUUGUUUCAAAAGGAAAUAAAUGUUAUGUAGUCUCCUCCAGCAUAAAUGAGAUAUUUCCUCUUGUUGCUUUUAACUUUGAGGGAGGUGCCUCCAUUGUACUUAAACCAACAAACUACCUGAUGCACACGGGCUUACUUGAUGGUGCUCCAUUGUGGUGCAUUGGCUUUCAAAAAGCUCAAGAUCAGGCAGUGACAAUAUUAGGAGAUCUUGUUCUGAAAGAUAAGAUAUUCAUCUAUGAUUUAUCUCGUCAAAGAAUUGGAUGGGCAGAUUAUGAUUGUUCAUCGUCUGUGAAUGUCUCCAUAACAUCUAGCAAGGAUGAAUUUGUCAAUGCAGGACAGCUACAUUCCAGCAAUUCCCCAAGGAAUGUAAUAUUGCACUUGGUAUGUUUAAGCAGUUGGGGAUAUUUCUUCACAUUGCUUUGCACCAUGUUCGUAUUUUGGUGAAUUCACCUGCAUAAAGUCAGAUAACCCUUAGGCCAUUGAUUGGAAGCUAAUGCAAGCCCUAGGUUAUUUAUAUUUGUGGUAGUAGCCAUUCUCCUGCCCCGUAACUCUCUUAGUAGAGACUGAAUACCAGGCAAAAGUCAUUCUUUUUUCUUUGAACUUGACAAAAGAUUCAGGCCCCUACCCCCCACAAAUACAAACCAGACCAAAGAGGCCGCAUUGUAGAUAUCCUGUACAAGCCUUUAGUAUCAAAUUUGUGGUGAUUGAAAUUUUGAAAAUACACAGCAAAAAAAUCAUUUUAGGUGAUGUCGUUUCCAGAGGCUUCCCCAGGCAGCUUUCAGUGUAAUGACUUUGCUUUUAUUAGAGCUCUUGAGUUGUAUUGUAGAUUAAUAGUUGGUAAAAUUCUAAGCUAUGUUAUUUGAUAGUAAUUUCUUAUUAUAUGGAAAAUUAAUUUGUCAUC